CUAGUCGUAAUGUGGAGAUCUUGAAUCGAAAAUGAAGUGAUUUUUGCAUUUUACUGAAAAAGAAAAAUUGACUGAAGACACAAACAGAAGACAUCACAUUCACACAGGCGGUGCGCUGUUGACAUGCUUGACCGAGACUCAGUUCAAUUCGUGAUUCGUCACUUUUUUCUUGACACACCUUUCUCAAUGGACCAAGCCCAUUUUUGGAGCCUACGCAUACACACACAACACAAACCCUCUAUACCAAAAGUUUCUUCUUUCAAAAGGGUUUAUUUAAAGACCUUUCCUUUACCAAACUUUGUCUCUUUCUACUUCAGCCAUCUCUUCUUCUGCCUCAUCCUGCGCCAGUGGAAUUUUGAGCCUUUCCCUCGAAAUCAAUGCAUGUAAAGACUCAAGCUUUGAUGCCGCAUAUUGGUUUUUCAUUUGCACAUUCAUGUGGGUCAUUGUGUGCUUCUCUUAGUUUCAGCAUAGUGGCAAAAUGGUCUGUGUUUGUUUGAUUUGAGGGUAGUAGCUUUGUGUUCUUUUUCAUAUUGAGGCAUGAAUUUUCUUGUGGGGUAGAUUUUGAUCUUCAAACCUUAAGUGAUAGCACCCCAUUUGGCAAAAGUGAGGAUUUCAGUGAAUUGUAGUGAAGUGGGCAUUUUUUGUUUUUUGAAAAAGGCAAAAGGAUGAUUCAGUUGUUGUUCUUGGUGAUUUUUGUUGAGGGGGUUCUGGCAUUUCUUUUGUUGGUGAAGAUAGGACCUUUGAGAGAUCUUGUGAUAAAGAGCCUGGAUCAGUUGAAGAUGGGGAAGGGUCCAGCUACAGUGAAAACCAUUGCUGGUACCAUGUCUGUGAUUCUUCUUUCAAGUCUCAUGAGCAUUAUCAAGAUCCAGAACAAAGGUGCUAAACUCGGUACUAUGUCGCCCAUGGAUCAAGUUCUAUGGAGAUCUCACUUGCUCGAGGCUUCACUCAUGGGUUUUACAUUAUUCCUUGGAUUCCUAAUUGAUCGUACCCACCAUUAUCUUCAAAAACUUAUUAAUUUAAGGAGUAAUGCGGGAGCUUCAAAAGAAGAAUUGGAAAACCUUAAAAAAGAAACUGUCCAACUUAAAGAAAAGGAUGAGAAAGCAUCCAAGGAGAUUAAACAGCUAAAGGAAGAACUUUCAUGUCUGUCCAAAAGUUUGGAAAAGAUUAAAUCGGAAUCUGAAGAGAAGGAUAAGAAAGUCGAGACCGCCGAAGCACAUGUUGCUUCCCUCCAAAAGCAAGCUGCAGAUCUACUACUUGAAUAUGAUAGACUCUUAGAAGAAAACCAAAACCUUCAGGCUCAAACACUGGGACAUAAGAGUUGAGGAAUGACUGAGAUGCAUUGAUAAACAAAGUUUUGGGGUGAGACUUCAUUAGGACCAUCCCUAGUUUUGUUGCAAAAUCUUUAUUUUGGAAAAAAAAGAGUACUUUUUUUGUCCUUUUCGAUAUUGCAACAUUGACCAAAAGAACUCUCUGCUUAAGUUUAUAAGUUUUACAGUUCAUUUUCAGUUUGUUCAAAAUUUUGUUAUUGGAUCGUCGCUUUACAAUUGCCCCAUCUAGUUUUUGUUUUUGCCCCUUCCUUUUAUUGUUUGGAUGAAUAUAUUUUAGUUGAAGGAUUAUUGGCGGGACAAAUACUUCUCAAGAAUUAGGAAAGGGUUUGUUGAAUUUCAA